AUGUCGAGCGCGGCUAUCAACGAUGGCGCCCUUCACGGUGUUGGCGAAACGCCUUUUGUAGAGGCAUCAUCCAUUUCCGGAUCCUUUGGGAUCAGCUUCAAUUGUUUGGAUCCACGCGUUGUAUCAGGAAGUGUAGGAUCAGUUGUUUCGUCCGUCGUGUCUCAGCCCUUCGAAGUGGCCAAAGUAAAGCUUCAAAACAGUGACCAACCCAGAGUAUUGGGGUGGUCGAAGAAUCGCGCUCCCGGAACUUUCUCCGUUCUUCGACAUGUCAUGGCCAACCAAGGUGUCCGAGGAGUUUAUGCUGGUUUGGCUCCUACCAUGGUCAUGUCCAUACCGAACUACGCCCUCUAUCUCACAGCCUAUGACGAAAUAGUCUCGUAUUUGAGGACGAAACAGUCUACCGGUACGGUACUGUCGAAUGAUGGCACUGUCCCACUCGUCGGGGGUGCCGUAGCACGUCUAAUCGCCACCACAGCAGUUGCACCGCUGGAGAUGCUGAGGACUAGAAAUGCCUCCCAGAGGCUCCCCACCAGAACCAAUCCCAAUCAGAAACUGGGUCUCGUUGGCAACGUUAGUGUGUGGAAUGAUUUGAAGAACAUUGUCAGGAAAGAAGGAAUCGUAUCCCUCUACACAGGUAUCCUCCCUUCACUGGGACGUGAUGUACCGUUUGCAGCAGUCUACAUGCUGUGUCUCGAGCGAAUUCGAGACGAGAGUCGACGCAUCUGGAUGGUAGACGAAGCUAUCGCGUCUUCUCCCCGUCAUCCAACACAGCUCAUAAUGUUUGAGUUCAUCAAUGCCGCCAUGGCGGGAAUGGUGGCAGCCACAGCUACCGCGCCAAUGGAUGUUUUGAAGACUCGGGCGCAAUCCGCAAUAUAUGAGGACAACACAAGGUCUUCAUCGAGCCAGAACAGAGAAUCGACAAUGCGCGUUCUUCGGUCCAUUGUGAGAACGGAAGGUGUUUCAGGGCUCUGGAGAGGAAAUCAAGCCCGAAUGAUGAAAGUAGCCCCGCAAUAUGCCAUCAUGAUAUCAUUCUACGAGGUAGGGAAAAAGAUGUUGGCUGAAUGA